CGGCGUCAUCGUUCACCUCCUCCUCCUCCUCUCUCUCUCUCUCUCUCUCUCUCUCGACGCCGCAUCCAUGGUGGCUUCGUCGUCCUCGCCCUCAUCUUCCUCUUCUUCCUACUCCUCCUCCUCGUCCGGCGACUCCUCCGCCUCCUCCUCUAGGCGGGAGCGCCGCCGCCGCCGCCGCCACCGGCGCCGCCGCGGCUCCGGGGACAAGGACGCGCUCAAGGUGCGCAAGGAUCACCGAUCGAGGGCGAAGCGGAGGCGGAGGCACCGAUCCCCACGUGAUUCGUCGUCGCCCUCCUUCACCGAUAGCUACAGUGAGAGCUCCUCUGACAACGAGCGAGAAGGAUCUAGCCGGCUGAGGAAGCACAAACAAAAAGAAAGAUCCAAGAAGGUCAAGGAGAGAGAUAGAAGCAAAAGCCGUCAUGAGAAGCAUCACAAAUCAAAACAUAAGGAGAAGAAGCAGUCUGAGCGGUGCGGCAGCCCUGUACAGCUUUCCAAGUUCCUUGGUCGUGACAAGGAUGAGGGCGUCCGCCGAAGUGCUGUUUCAGGAAAAAAGAUUCUACUGAAACUGGAUAAAUCAAAGGAAGACAAACUGGCGGAGAACAACCGCAAUGAGUUACUGAAAUUUCUGAAUGCUAGUUAUGAUUGAUCUCUCGGUGCGACGGCGGAUUAGGAACAAUGGUGCGACAGCGGUUUAGGAACAACAGAUAAAAUGUUAAAAGAAACUUCGAACCGUUCAGAGCAUAUGAUUAUUCUUUAGCUAAUGCUGCCAUAAAUAUUUGUGUGCUGUAACCAUCUUUUUCCAGUUCUCGGUGUGAGUAGUAAAUGGUUUUCUACCAGUAUUAUGUUCCUUUUUACCUUCUCAUUUGUCUCUUUUUAGUUUUAAAUUUGGUGGAUCGUGUUAAACUUGAUAGUUUUUUUUUUAAAAUUUUCAGUCUAGUUAUUUAGUUGAUGGCA